AUGUCACGUCACGUAGCCAACGAUCCUGCUGGACUUGCGUAUACGGGGCUGGCUUACAUUGACCAUCCAGUCAAGAUACUGGGCACAAGCAAUCAGACCAGUGGCGAUAUUGUGACCCCUACCUAUGAAAGCAUUGCGAUGGCAAGUUGGCCACUUGCGCGAGUCAUUUAUUUCAACCUGAACUCGCCUCCUUACAAAGGAAUGGAUCCAGUGUUGAGAGAAUUGAUCAAGUUCGUUCUUUCCAAAGAAGGUCAACAGAUUCUUCUGGACCAAGGCAUUUUCCUCCCUUUUCGAGAGUUCCAGCAAAAGUCGAGCUUGAAUCUUCUGUAA